UCCUGGGGGCUUGAAUAUAUCCCCCCCCCCACUGCCAGGUGCCAUGGUAACCAGAUCAUCAAUGUUAUUCAUUUCACCUGUCAGUGGUCAUAAUGUUGUUAAUGUUAUGGCUGAUUGGUGUUUAUAAAAAUAUAGCACUGUUAUAGUCAGUUUCAUUUUUCAGCAUUUCAGAUUAUGAAGUCACAAUAUGUUAUGAAAAUACACAACAGUUUGUCUACACGUUGUGUGUUACUCCCAAGUCACUCCCAAGGGGAUUGGCAUGUUUCUGCCAGAUCAAACAAAAGCGAUUAAUCAGAGGCAGGGACAAAGACUUGAACGCUUUGACCUCUGGACCCGUUGAAUGGUUGUUUGAGUUGCUGCCGACAGUAAGUCACUGCACUCCGCCUCCCUGCACCUUAAGACGGAACACAAACAGCUUUCCUGCAAACAAGUAUGAAUGCCAUGGCAAAACUAGACGGGAGGGAGAGUGACACAGAACAUAACAAUAAAACGUUUCUUUAAGGUAAGUAUUCUCAUCAUCGAGCAUGGCAGUGUUUGUGCAGAAUUCCUUUACUUUUCAUAGUGUAGCUUUCUGAAUGGAAGUUAUUAGCAAGACAUCUUGUAAAGCAUUUAUUUUAUUCCUCCCCGCAGUAUUUCCUGAAGCCAUGAACUCAGCUCAGCAUCUGCUCCGGUCUCAGAGAGACUUGCUGCUGAACUGGACUCUGGAGCACCCUGCACCCUUGCUGCGUUGGCUGCGUGAUGCUGAGGUGCUUGCCCCUGCCCACUACCUGUCUCUGCUGGAGAGGUCACCUUCCAAUGCCGUGGCCCAGGCUCUGGAGAUGGUGUGUGCCACUGAGGAGGGCAGCCAGAAGUUCCUGCUGGUACUGAAGGAGGUGCAGGAUUAUUACUGCAGAGAUCUGCAGGUCUGGGUGGAGAGGCACUGCAGGGACGAUGUCGUCAGUAAGCCCGCGCCUGCACCUGUAAAAGUCGAAGAGAAGAAGCCUAACGGCCCCAUUGCUAAACUGUUCAAAGGAAAGAGCAAGGGAUUUACCCUGACUACUGAGAUUAAAGCUAAAGAAGAACUGAAACCUAGCAGGAGUGUAAAACUGGCCAACAUCCGAGUUCCAAUUUCUGCCCAUAAAACGACGCUACUGAAACGCACCGAGCAGUUAAAGUGUUACUCAGAGGGUGAGGGACAGGCUUCAAACUCAGCUUCUCACAUCGAGAUCCGCUACACGGACCUUUUUGUGACUGAAGACGAUGACUUCGUUGACAGCAGCCAACAUGAGUACUUUGACCUGGCGAGCAGACGAGCUCGCAUCUAUGUCCACCAGGCUUGCCAGCGCAUCCGGCCAUGCCAUUUACUGGGCCCCCAAGGACCAUCGGGACGGCCCCCGAAAAGGGUUAAAGUGAAGGGUAUCGCUGGUAUUGGAAAGAGCGUAGCAGUCCAGAGACUUGUCUAUGAGUGGGCGAUUGGGAAGAACAUGCGUGAAUUCACCUGCAUUUUCGACCUGCGCUUCAGAGAGCUCAAUCUGAUUGAAACGCAGCUGAGCUUAUUGGAGCUGCUUGGAGAACGGUUCCGCUACCUGAAGGCGGCUCUACCCGAUCUUUUCACUACACCGAACUCUUUGCUCUUCAUUUUAGAUGGAUUAGAUGAGUUCAAAUUCCCCUUGGACUGGAAUGGCCCAGACAAAAACAUUGACAUUCGUUCGAAGGUGCCAGUGUCAGAGAUGAUGGUGGCUUUGAUCAAGGGAAGCCUUCUCCCAGAAGCAUCAGUCAUUCUCACGACAAGACCAUCUACUGAAGCUCCCAAGCGUUUCUUCCAGAGAUGCUGUGUGGUGCUGGGCUUUGAGGAGGACCAGGUGAAGGAAUAUACCACCAAGUUCUACAAAGACAGAAAAGUUGCUGAAAAAGUCUACGAUUACAUCUUGAACAAUGACAACCUCUUCGUGCUGUCCUUCAUCCCUCUUUAUUGCUACAUCAUCUGCACCGCUAUGGCGGAGUUCUUCUCUUCAGGAAAUCAAGACGUUGGUGACUCAAAGUCUCUGGAGCUUAACCCGCCCAGAACAGUCAGUGAGGUGUACUUCUGCUACCUGUUCACAGCAGUCAAGCACCAUGCGCUGAGGGGGAGUGCGGAUAGAAGCACCUCAAGAUCUGAGGUUCUCUCACUGGCAAAGCAGCAGUUGACAAACCUGGGGAAACUGGCAUACGAGAACCUUCUACAGAAAAAGAUCAUGUUCAACAGAGCAGAUUUGGAGAACUACGGUGUUACACCUGCUGAUGUUCAGAGCACCUUUCUCUGUCACAUCCUCCAGCCCCUCAAAGAGGAAACAGUGGAGAUGUUCUCUUUCUUCCACUUGACUGUUCAAGAACAUCUGGCUGCCCUCUACUGCGCAAUCAAUCUCUUCAGCCAGGAAGACAUAAUCCAAGCUCUGGACUUCUGGUGCUUUGGGCUACAUCCACCAUCCUCCACAGCUGCACCCCUGCAAAACGCAGACCUCAACACGGACAAGCUGGAGAGCCUCCAGAUGUUCACACGCUUCUUCAUGGGAAUGCUCCGAGCUCGGCUGGCAGGUCAGUUGGAUGGACUCGUUCUUUCCACCAUGGAGCAAGGGGAUGGCAUCCCCGCCAGGUUGGGGUUGUGGUUCCAAGACCAGUUUAAGGGUAGAAAGCUCAAGAACCAGGCAGCCCUGAAUCUUCUCCACUGCCUGAUGGAGUUCCACAUGAAGGAGGCCACCAGCAUGGCAGCACCAGAGAUCAAGACACUCAACCUGUUUAAGAUGAAGCUGAGUGUUGUGGACUGUGCAGCUAUGCACUACGUGCUGCAGUUCUCUCCACACAAGCUGCAGGAGCUCAACUUAGGCUACUCCAACAUUGGAAACAGAGGACUAAACAGACUGGGACCAAUCCUACACCGCUGUGAAUCUCUCUAUUUGAGGUACAACUGCCUGGACAGGCAAGCAGCUAUUUUAGAAUCUGCGGUUCUGAAAUCGAAUGAGUGCCAAGUGAAGAAGCUCUUUAUGUGUGGCAAUAACCUGGGUCCAGAGGGGGUUUUGGAGCUGUGGAACGCUCUGGAGCACAACACCACUGUGGAGGAACUCUAUCUGGACAUCACCGGCAUCACAGAGCGAGGGACAGAAAACAUUGUCAACUGCCUCAGCAAAAACACCUCUCUGAAGACACUGACUAUUGUAGGGAAUGACAUCGGAGAGGUGGGGAGGAAGAGGCUGAGGGAGCUGGAGCAACGUCGACCGGGACUCCGGAUUAUUGCAAAUUUUGUGGAUGACCGUGGAUUGCUACAGGCGUACUUGGACUGGGUGGAGGAGAUCCGGGCAGACAGAGACCAGAUGGACUCGGUGAAGAAUGCAGACGCCCUGCAGUCGGUGCUGAAGGGGCUCCAGGUGGCAGGAGAACAGGUGGAGAAAGGAGAGAACGCAGAGAAAGCCCAGGAGCUCCGGACAAACAUUGUGGAGUUGCUGAAGUCUUCUACUAAUCUGAUCAGAGGAAGACAAGUCAUGUAGCAGACUGUGUGUAAGGGGUUGGGCCCUUAUGAAAGCAUCUGAUGCUUUCAUAAGGGCAACUAACAUUCUGACUUCUAUCUGUAAGAGUGGAAUUCAUAUUAAUCCUCUUGUACUGCUUGGGGUCCUGUAGACCUGAGCCCUCUUUAACUACAUAAAAAACAUACUUAAAGGUAAUCUUGAGAAAUCAGCAGGAGUACCACAGAUUUUUAAAAAUUAUCCAACUGAACAACCGAGCCCAGUGUUGACAACUCUUUUCCAAUGUAAGCAGCUGGCAGCGAUAGCUCCAAAAAGUGUCUAAAUCUAGCGAGAAAGUCGCCAAG